CAAACAGGCUAGGACCGCCACUGCCCCUCCUCCUCGUGUGACCUAUUCGGACACUAUAAAAGUAAUCACCCAGGAUUUCUUCUGUCGGACUUUCUUGCGCGUUUUCGCUUUGGCUGUGCAGACGUCUCUCUGAAAUCCUCGCAACUUUCUCCGCUUCCCCUCCAGGAUUUUUCUACUUUGAAGGGUGAACAUGAUUAACUAUGAAGUGACCGUGUUCACUGGCAAUCUGGCCUUGGCCUCCACUUUCAAUAGUGUCUACAUUACACUGGUCGGGACAGAUGGAGAGAGCAAACGCAUUGAUCUCACAAGCUGGAAACCAUCUUUCUUGAAAGGGCAAGUAUCUCAUUUUAUUGUGUCCUGCCCAAAAUUCCUUGGAAAGCUGGUGAUGAUAAAGUUAGACAAACAGAAAAGGAUUCUCAAAGACUCUUGGUAUCCUGCCAAGGUGGAAGUGAAAUCCCCUAAAAACAAAACCUACCACUUCCCCAUCUACCACUGGAUUACUGACAGUGAGGUCUAUUGCUUCAGAGAGGGGACAGCUCUCAGAAUCUUUGAUGACAGCAACAGUCAUGUUGGUGGGCACAGUCGGCAGCAGGAACUUAAGCAGCGACAGAAAGUCUUUCGGUCCUCGCAGCGCAGGCUUGCCGCUGCUAAAACUAAACAGAGCUCCCCGAAAGGCACAGCCAAUCACAUUGGCCAUAUUUGUCACAUGAGCUGGGAUGUAUAUGCACAGGGGAUACCCCAGUGCAUUAAGGCAGACAGCAUUCAGUCUCUGCCCUAUGAUGUCCAGUUUUCCUUCACCAAGACAGCAGAGAUGAAAUACACUGCAGUCACAGGACUGGUAGAGUUGGAACUGAUUGAAAUGGCUGAGUUAAAGAAAAAGUGGACUCACAUAGAUGAUAUUAGUCAUCUUUUAUGCGCUCAUCGAACUCAAGUAACAGACUUUGUUCAUAAACAUUGGAAGGAAGACUCUUUAUUUGGCUACCAGUUUCUCAAUGGUGUCAACCCCAUGUUGAUCCGAUGCUGUAAAGCACUCCCAAAAAACUUUCCUGUCACCGGUGACAUGGUCUCUCUCCAUGGUGGGGGAAGUCUGGCAGAUGAAAUGAUGAAGGGCAACAUCUUCCUGUGUGACUACAAGCUUUUGGAUGGAGUGCAACCAAACACCAUCAGCAGAAAGAAGCAGUAUCUGAUGGCUCCUCUUAUUCUGCUUCAGAAAACCUCUGAUAAUAAGCUGAUGCCAAUUGCUAUUCAGCUAAAGCAGAAACCAGCAAAGGACAACCCAAUCUUCCUUCCUACUGAUUCUGAGUAUGACUGGUUGUUGGCCAAAAUCUUUGUGAGAAGUGCAAAUUUCAACUUCUAUGAAGUCAGUGUUCACCUGCUACGCACACACCUGCUGGCUGAGGUUUUUACAGUCUCACUGCUGCGUAACCUGCCCAUGGUGCAUCCACUGUACAAGCUUCUGAUGCCUCACACUCGCUACACGCUUCAGAUCAACGUCUUAGCUCGGCAACUUCUAAUAUCUCAGACGGGAGUUUUGACUCGGUUUGCAGCUUCUGGUGGAAAGGGUGUAAUCACAAUCCUGCAGAAAUCGUUAUCCUCCCUGACCUACAGCUCCCUCUGUAUCCCAGAUGAUAUUGCAGAACGUGGGCUGAAAGAUGUACCAAACUUCUACUACAGGGAUGAUGGAUUGAAGCUUUGGGAAAUCAUCUUCAGGUUUGUGAAAGAAAUUCUCACCUCCUACUACAAGACUGAUGCUGAAGUCCAGAAAGACUCUGAACUGCAGAACUGGAUUCAUGACAUUUAUGAACAUGGAUUCCUUUCACAAGCAAGCACAGGAAUUCCACAGAAAUUCACCACUGUGGAUGAGAUGAUCAAGUUUGUCACCAUGGUGAUCUUCACUUGCUCUGCCCAGCACUCAGCUGUCAACUCUGGGCAGUACGACUUUGGUGCCUGGAUGCCCAAUAGUCCUGUCACGUUGCAGCUUCCCCCACCAACUAAAAAGGGGAAAGCAAGUGAAAAAAGCAUGCUAGAUACAUUCCCCGAUAUUCAAACAACAGUUCAUGGCAUGGCCGUCAUGUGGCUACUCAGCAAGCAGUCCUCUGACUCUAUCUUUCUUGGCCAGUACCCAGAGGAGCAUUUCAGUGAGGAGGUUCCCUGCCAAAAAAUAAAGGAUUUCCAAGUAGAGCUCAAAAGGCUGAGUGCAGAGAUCAAAGCCAGAAACUCAGGGUUGGACCUGCCAUACACAUACUUGGACCCUGAGGUGAUUGAAAACAGUGUGUCAAUUUGAAUAUUAGAAGGCAGCUUCUCUUCCUUUAGUUCAGUAACAAAAACAGAAAAGAAAGUAAAGUUUGAGGUCUGCCCGUAAUGCAUUCUAUUGAUUUAACUUUAGUUUACCAGCAAUUUCUAAAAUAUUCUUCUGAGUUUCAGUUAAUACAAUGGCCAGGUUUUAUGUUUCAGGUUUUAUGUUUUGUAAUUAGAAAAUAUAUCAGUGGAAAGAGUGUUUCUGAUUUAGAAGUAUUUCUAUUUUUUUAAUCAUAAUUUUAAAGCUGUUUCUCUCUUGAAUAAUGAAAAGGUAAAUACAUAGAUAGAAAGCUGCUAGGGUGAGAAGGGCUUGAAGAAAUAAGUUCUCCUUUGCACUUCUCUGGUUUUUGAUUCUCAAUUUUGUUUCAAUACAAGCUUUAUAUAAUCAAUAUUUUUGUCUUAUUGCAGUGUAUUGCAUGAAUCCAUAAAAAGUGUAACUACUUUGAAAUAGGAAAAUUAAUAGCUAUAUCAUUUUAAAAGAGACAUGAAUGCAUAAUUUUAUGAUGUUUCAUUUAAAUUCUUAGAAAUUUCUGCCUGUGAAUACAUGAUUUAAAGGGUGAAGAAGGAGCUUACUGUGUUAUUUUUCUGUGUGAACUAUACUUAGGCCCUGUUUAUAUCAACUGGUUUUUAAGCUUGCCUGACAUAAAUGAUGAUAGUUUGAUCUCUUUCUGAACUGUUUUCCGUAUGUAAAAGAUGGAAUAUAAACACUGACCCAGUCAAAAUCCUUGUUUUAUUGCAGAUUCAUGGCUUUUGUCAUGUUUAGAUGAAGGCGUGGAGUGCUAAGAUAUUAGUAAAUACUAGCAGUAAGGACGAAAUUAAUAAGAAUUUAGCGAUUCUGAUUCCAUCAUUUAUCGAUUGGAUUCCUUAUUGAUUCUAACUGACUCCACUUUGAGACUCACCACCACCACUAAGCAGAAUAUCAAAGAAAUACUUACAUUCAUGCAAAUUAAUUACAUUCUGUGUGGUCGAAUGUUUGUGCAUGUUGGAGGUAUUUCCCUCUUUGUUGUGAUCAGUGUUGGGUCAUUACUCAGUGAAGUAAAGUAAAAAAGUUCUUACACAAAACACUUUUCUUAAAAGUAAUGCACUUAAUUACACCCAGGAGAAAGACAUUCAUUAUACUACCUGUUACGUUACUUUCAUAUUGCUAAAAAAUAAAAACCUGAACCACA